CGUGGCAUUAUCAAGAAGAUGGUGAAUGGGGCUGUUUUGUUGGGAGUAGAAGUAGCUGCUCUCGCGUCUACUUUAUCAUUAAUUAAACAUCCACACUCUAAAAACUAAUUGAAAAGUCAGUCAGACAGAGAGAAAAACUAAAUGGGAACUUUGGCACCUGUCUCCGGCAAUGCAGCGGCGGCAGACAAAGAGAACGCCGGCGCUCACGUCCAGUCCACGGCGGAACUCGACGCCGGAGCUCUCUUCGUGCUUAAAUCCCGAGGAUCAUGGUUGCAUUGUGGAUAUCACUUGACAACAUCAAUAGUGGCUCCGGCACUUCUAAGCCUUCCUUUUGCGUUGAGUAUGCUUGGUUGGGUUGGUGGAAUUAUAAGCCUUCUUUUUUGUGGUUUCGUCACCUUCUAUUCCUACAAUCUCUUAUCUCUCGUUUUAGAGCAUCAUGCUAUGCUUGGUUCUCGUCUACUUAGAUUUCGAGACAUGGCUACUUAUAUUCUUGGACCCAAAUGGGGCAGCCACUUUGUGGGCCCAAUUCAAUUUGGAGUGUGUUGUGGCGCCGUUAUUGCUGGAAUUGUUAUUGGUGGCCAAAACCUCAAGUAUAUUUAUUUGCUGUCAAAUCCAGAUGGGACAAUGAAGUUGUACCAUUUCAUCAUCAUAUUUGGAAUCUUAAUUCUGAUUUUGGCUCAAGUUCCAUCUUUCCACUCUCUAAGGCACAUCAACCUUCUCUCUCUCACACUCUCCCUUGUUUAUAGUGCUUGUGUAACCGCUGCUUCUUUAAAACUAGGUUAUUCCAAGAAUGCACCUUCAAGAAACUACUCCCUUAAAGGAUCAGAAGUCAACCAGUUACUUAAUGCCUUCAAUGGCAUUUCAAUUAUUGGAACUACGUACGCAUGUGGAAUUCUUCCUGAAAUACAAGCAACUUUAGUAGCUCCAGUGAAAGGGAAGAUGUUCAAAGGAUUGUGCCUUUGUUAUACGGUGAUAGCUGCUACUUUUUUUAGUGUAGCAAUAUCAGGGUAUUGGACUUUUGGAAAUGAGGCCAUGGGAACCAUUCUUGCUAAUUUGAUGGGCCACACUCUCUUGCCCUCCUGGUUUCUCAUCAUCACCAAUGUUUUUUGUCUUUUACAAGUCUCUGCUGUGACUAGCGUUUACUUACAACCAACGAAUGAAGCAUUUGAGAAGAAAUUUGCAGACCCAAAUAAAAAGCAAUUUUCAAUGCGGAACAUGGCGCCGAGGUUGAUAUCACGGUCGUUAUCAGUGGUGAUUGCGACCAUAUUGGCAGCCAUGUUGCCUUUCUUUGGGGAUCUAAUGGCAUUAAUUGGAGCAUUUGGAUUCAUUCCUCUUGACUUUAUAAUGCCAAUGCUUUUCUACAAUGCCACUUUCAAACCUUCAAAGCGUGGCUUUGUUUUUUGGAUAAACACUUUGAUUAUCGCAAUUUCAUCCGUCUUGGCUAUAAUUGGGGCUGUUGCAUCCAUUCGACAAAUCGUUUUGGAUGCCAAAUAUUAUCGUUUAUUUGCUAAUGUGUGAAACUUGUUUUUUUUAGCAUAAUAUGUAACAUAUAUUUUUUUUUAUAUAUAUAUAUAUAUAACUAUAGAUUGAUAUAA